AUGGCUUCCAAAGCUUUCUCUCCCGCUACCGCUCGUCGUCACGAGACCAAGGAAGAAGAUGUCAUCUGCCUGGAGCUGGAAGAUGGCCUGGCUUUCCAGGGCUAUAGCUUCGGCGCUCCCAAGAGCAUCGCCGGUGAGCUGGUCUUCCAGACUGGUAUGGUGGGCUACCCAGAGUCCAUUACAGACCCCUCCUACCGUGGCCAGAUUCUCGUCAUCACUUUCCCGCUAGUCGGCAACUAUGGCGUCCCCUCGCGAGAGACCAUGGACGAACUCUUGCGCGACCUUCCCGCGCAUUUUGAGUCCUCCCAGAUCCAUAUUGCCGGUCUUGUCACGGCCUCGUACGCUGGGGAGGACUACUCGCACUUCCUGGCGACGUCCUCUCUAGGAACGUGGUUGAAAGAGCAGGGCAUACCCGCCAUGUACGGUGUCGACACUCGGGCGUUGACAAAGCACAUCCGACAAAAGGGUAGCAUGCUGGGCCGGAUGCUGUUGCAGAAGCAGCAACCAGCCAAUAGCCAGGCCAACGGCGUCAAUGGAACAGCCCCAGGCAAUGGCCUGACCCAGGGCUUGAAGGAAUGGAAGCCCUACUUCGACACUGUCGAUUGGGUCAACCCUAAUGAGAAGAACCUGGUGGCAGAGGUGUCCAUCAAGACGCCCAAGCUCUAUACCCCUCCCGAGGGCACUGCUGUCAAACACCCAUCCGGUCGGACAGUUCGUAUCCUCUGCCUCGACGUCGGUAUGAAGUACAACCAGCUCCGGUGCUUUCUCAAGCGAGGCGUCGAAGUCCUUGUAUGCCCGUGGGACCAUGACAUUGUUGCACAAGCUGGCGAUGAAUAUGACGGUCUCUUCAUAUCGAAUGGCCCUGGUGAUCCGGCCGUCAUGGAGACAACUGUCAAGAACAUCUCCACGGCCAUGGCGAAAAACCGCACGCCAGUUUUUGGCAUCUGCUUGGGCCACCAGCUGCUUGCCAGAGCUGCUGGAGCUGGGACCAUCAAGAUGAAGUACGGCAACAGAGGUCACAACAUUCCCUGCACAAGCUUGGUCACCGGAAAGUGCCACAUUACGUCCCAGAACCAUGGUUUCGCCGUCGACAGCAAGACUCUGCCUACCGAAUGGCAAGAGCUUUUCGUGAAUGCCAACGAUGGAAGCAAUGAGGGUAUCAUGCACGUCAAUAAGCCCUACUUCAGCGUGCAGUUUCACCCCGAGAGCACACCUGGCCCCCGAGACACCGAGUUCCUGUUCGAUGUGUUUAUCCAGACCAUUGUCAAUUGCGCAUCGGAUAGCAGCCUUCUCAGCAAACCUGUCUCUUUCCCUGGCGGCACCGCUGCAGAGAAUGAGAGACUGCACCCUCGUGUGAGGCCAAAGAAGGUCCUCAUUCUUGGCAGUGGUGGUCUCAGUAUCGGACAGGCUGGCGAGUUCGACUACUCUGGCAGCCAAGCAAUCAAGGCGUUGAAGGAAGAAGGCAUUUACACCGUUCUCAUCAACCCCAACAUUGCAACGAUCCAAACGUCCAAGGGCCUGGCGGACAAGGUCUACUUCCUGCCUGUGAAUGCAGAGUUCGUGCGCAAGGUCAUCAUGUAUGAGCGACCAGAUGCCAUUUACUGCACAUUCGGUGGACAGACUGCACUGCAGGUCGGCAUCCAGCUCAAGGACGAGUUUGAGGAGCUCGGAGUCAAGGUGCUUGGUACACCCAUCGACACCAUCAUCACCACCGAGGACCGUGAGCUUUUCGCUCGAAGCAUGGAGUCCAUUGGUGAGAAGUGCGCCAAGUCGGCGUCCGCAAGCAGUGUUGAAGAGGCCAUGCGGGUCGUCAAGGAUAUUGGCUUCCCCGUCAUCGUACGAGCUGCUUACGCGCUGGGAGGGUUGGGCAGUGGAUUCGCCAACAAUGAUGCCGAAUUGCUUGACCUUUGCAACAAGGCGUUGGCUGUCAGCCCCCAGGUGCUGAUCGAGCGCAGUAUGAAGGGCUGGAAGGAGAUUGAGUACGAAGUCGUUCGAGAUGCCCAGGAUAACUGUAUCACUGUCUGUAACAUGGAGAAUUUCGACCCCCUCGGUAUUCACACCGGAGAUUCGAUCGUGGUCGCUCCGUCUCAGACGCUCUCGGACGAGGACUACAACAUGCUCCGGACCACUGCCGUCAACGUGAUCCGGCAUCUUGGAGUUGUCGGAGAGUGCAACAUUCAAUACGCACUCAACCCGUUCUCCAGGGAGUACUGCAUCAUCGAGGUCAACGCGAGACUGUCGCGGUCUUCAGCGCUCGCCUCUAAGGCGACUGGCUACCCCUUGGCAUUCGUUGCUGCCAAGUUGGGUCUGGGCAUCCCUCUGAAGGACAUCACAAACUCGGUGACAAGGUCCACCUGCGCAUGUUUCGAGCCGUCACUUGAUUAUGUUGUGGUCAAGAUGCCUCGUUGGGAUCUGAAGAAGUUCACGCGAGUGUCGACACAACUUGGGUCCUCCAUGAAGAGUGUCGGUGAGGUCAUGAGCAUCGGCAGGACGUUUGAGGAGGCCAUUCAAAAGGCGAUCCGCUCUAUCGAUUUCCAGAACCUCGGUUUCAACGAGACCAAGGCUCUCAUGUCAAUCGAUGAUGAGCUGCAGACGCCAUCUGACCAGCGUCUGUUUGCAAUCGCCAACGCGAUGCAUGCCGGGUACACAGUCGACAAGAUCUGGGAGAUGACCAACAUUGACAAGUGGUUCUUGCACAAGCUCAAGGGCCUGAGCGAUUUCGGCAAGAGGAUGACAGGAUACACCACUGAUGACGUUGCCAAGCAGCCUGGUCUCCUGCUCGAGGCCAAGAGCCUUGGCUUCUCCGAUCGCCAGCUGGCCAAGUUCUGGGACUCUAAUGAAUUGGCUGUCCGUCGACUGCGAGACGAGGCCGGCAUCAUGCCCUUCGUGAAGCAGAUUGACACCGUUGCAGCCGAGUUCCCGGCAAUGACCAACUACCUCUACAUGACAUACAAUGCUACGCAGCAUGAUGUUGACUUUGACGAUCAUGGUAUCAUGGUCUUGGGAUCUGGAGUCUACAGAAUCGGCUCAUCUGUUGAGUUUGAUUGGUGCUCUGUCCGCGCCAUCCGCACACUUCGACAGGAUGGUUUCAAGACUGUGAUGGUGAAUUUCAACCCAGAAACCAUCUCCACCGAUUACGACGAAGCCGACAGAUUGUAUUUCGAGAACAUCAGCCAGGAGAAUGUCCUUGACAUUUAUCAAUUAGAGGGCGCAAGGGGUGUUCUUGGUGCGAUGGGUGGCCAGACCCCGAACAACAUCGCUCUCAGCCUGCACCGUUCUGGAGUCAAGGUCUUGGGAACUUCGCCCGAGAUGAUCGACAAUGCCGAGAACCGAUACAAGUUCUCGCGUAUGCUCGACCGGAUUGGCGUUGAUCAGCCAACCUGGAAGGAGUUGACGAGCUUCGAUAAGGCCAGGGAAUUCUGUAACAGUGUUUCCUACCCGGUGCUUGUUCGACCGUCUUACGUCCUCUCUGGAGCUGCCAUGAAUACCGUGUAUUCAGAGGCAGAUCUCGAGAACUACCUGAAGCAGGCCGCGGAUGUCUCUCCUGAGCACCCAGUCGUGAUCACCAAGUACAUCGAAAAUGCAAAGGAAAUCGAGAUGGAUGCUGUUGCUCAUGACGGCGAAGUUGUCGGCCACUUUAUUUCCGAGCACGUUGAGAACGCCGGUGUUCACUCCGGAGAUGCUACUCUCAUUCUACCACCUCAGGAUCUGGAGAAGACCACUAUUGAGCGUAUUGAAGAGGCUACGCGCAAGAUCGGUGCUGCACUUAAUGUCACCGGCCCAUUCAACAUCCAAUUCAUUGCUAAGGACAACGAUAUCAAGGUCAUCGAAUGCAACGUCCGGGCCUCUCGAUCCUUCCCCUUCGUUUCAAAGGUCAUGGGUGUCGAUCUUAUCGAGAUGGCUACCAAGGCUAUCGUGGGCGUGCCGUUCGAGCCGUAUCCUGUCGUUGAGCGCCCUGCCGGUGCUGUUGGUGUCAAGGUUCCGCAGUUCAGCUUCUCUCGUCUGUCCGGUGCCGAUCCAGUCUUGGGCGUUGAGAUGGCUUCGACUGGUGAAGUGGCCUGCUUUGGUGCUGACAAGUACGAGGCGUACCUCAAGGCCCUGAUGUCGACUGGCUUCAAGAUCCCAAAGAACAACAUACUCUUGUCUCUUGGCUCCUACAAGGACAAGAUGGAGAUGCUGCCGUCGAUUCAGAAGCUGCAGGAGCUGGGCUUCAAGCUCUUUGCCACUGCGGGUACCGCUGAUUUCUUGCAGUCCCACAACAUUCCUGUUCAGUUCCUUGAAGUUCUUGCUCAGGAUGAGAACGAUCAGAAGUCGGAAUACUCGCUCACUCAACACUUGUCCAACAAUAUGAUCGAUCUCUACAUCAACCUCCCGUCGAGCAACAAGUACCGCCGUCCUGCCAGCUACAUGAGCAAGGGCUAUAGGACCCGAAGAAUGGCCGUCGAUUACCAGGUCCCACUGGUUACCAAUGUCAAGAAUGCCAAGAUUCUUGUUGAGGCCAUUGCUCAUCACCUGACACUCGAUGUGAGCAUCUCGGACUACCAGACCAGCCACCGCACCUUCCUGCUGCCAGGUCUUGUCAACAUUGCGGCAUUUGUGCCCGGCAUCGUCUCUGAGAAGAGCCGUGAUUUGCAGAACGUGACGAAGACAUCGCUCUCUGGUGGCUUCACGAUGGUGCGGACCAUGGCUGUUGGCGUUGAUGGAGCCAUUACGGAUGCUCGUACGCUGAGUGUUGCUCAGCAGAACGGAAAGAUGGGCACAUAUUGUGAUUUCAAUGUGUCGGUGGCUGCAACCUCUACUAAUGCCAACCAAAUCAGUCACGUCGCUGGCGAAGUCGGUGCUCUGUUUAUCCCCUUCAACCACCUCUCUGACAAUAUCAGCAAGGUCGCUGCUGUGACUGCACACUUCGAUGCCUGGCCCGUCCACAAGCCUAUUGUUACAGACGCUAGAUUGACCGACCUGGCUUCGAUUCUCCUGCUCGCCAGUCUUCAUAGCCGGAGGAUUCACGUCACCUCAGUCACCACCAAGGACGACAUCAAGCUCAUUGCGCUCAGCAAGCAGAAGGGCUUGAAGGUGACCUGUGAUGUCUCCAUCUACUCUCUAUAUCUCUCCCAGAAGGAUUACCCUGAGUGCAACUUCCUGCCUUCGGCAGAGGAUCAGCUGUCGCUCUGGGAGCACUUGGCUGUCAUCGAUGUAUUCUCUGUCGGUAGCCUGCCUUAUCAGCUGGCUCAUGCUGUCAAUGGUACUUCUGAUGCCAGCGCCGGCAUCGCUGAUGCUCUGCCGCUCCUCCUGACUUCGGUCAGUGAAGGCAAGCUUACCAUCGACGAUAUCAAGAAACGUCUGCAUGACAACCCUGUCGAGAUCUUUGAGUUGCACGACCAACCCAGUACCUUUGUCGAAGUCGAGAUCGAGCGGCCCUACACUGUGCCGUCUGGCCCUAAUUGGUCGCCAUUCGCAGGGCGUGUGAUGAGGGGCGCGGUCCAGCGCGUGAUCUUCCAAGAUAAGCUUACCUGCCUUGACGGCCAGAUCCUCGAAGGACCAUCUAUUGGCCAGGAUGUGUCCAGGCAUGGAGCUCUGCCGUCACCGAUGUCGCCUACUAUCAAGCCCUCCUCGCAGGCGGCUGAGACUCCCCGUACCGGCAGGAGAGGCUCAGUCUUUGCUCCCGUGCGGCCGAUCGCCAAACCCCGGGGUCUCGAAGGCACUCUUGGCCAGUCGGGCAAGUCGUCUAUCUUCGACGAUUUUGGCCCGUCUUUGCCUCUUACAGCAGCUGAGAGCCCCUUGCAAUCCCUUCUGUCCCGACCAUCGUCGUUUAAGAAGUCUCACGUUCUCUCCGUGACACAAUACACACGCGCCGAUCUGCACCUGCUUUUUACUGUUGCACAGGAAAUGCGCGUUGGUGUCCAGCGUGAGGGGGUGCUGAACACCCUGAAGGGCCGUUUGCUCUGCACGAUGUUCUACGAGCCGUCGACCAGGACAUCAGCGUCCUUCGACGCUGCCAUGCAGCGGCUCGGUGGACGGACGAUCGCUAUUGCCACAUCACACUCCUCGGUGCAAAAGGGCGAGACACUGCAAGACACUCUCCGGACCCUGUCCUGCUAUGGCGAUGCCGUUGUGCUCCGCCACCCUGAGGAGAACUCCGUCAAGGUUGCCAGGAAGUUCUCUCCCGUGCCAGUCAUUAACGGGGGCAACGGGUCGAAGGAGCACCCGACCCAGGCCUUCUUGGACUUGUUCACCAUCCGUGAAGAACUUGGCACGGUCCAGGGCUUGACAAUCACCUUCCUCGGUGAUCUGCUCUAUGGCCGCCCAGUCCAUUCGCUGGUCUAUCUGCUGCAGCACUACCAGGUCAAGGUUCAGCUUGUCUCGCCCAAGGCCCUCUCUCUGCCGCCCGCGGUGCACGAGCAGCUCGUCAAGUCUGGCCAGCUCCUUGCCGUGUCCGAGACACUGACGCCGGAGAUCUUAGCCAGAAGCGAUGUUCUCUACUGUACGCGCGUACAGGCAGAGCGCUUCCCGUCUAAGGAGGAUUACGAGAAGGUCAAGGGAUCUUACCGCAUCGACAAUGCGACGCUCAAGAAUGCGAAGAGCAGCAUGAUCGUGAUGCACCCGCUGCCGAGGAAUGAGGAGAUUGCAGAGGAGGUGGACUUUGAUCCACGGGCUGCUUACUUCAGACAGAUGAAGUAUGGUCUCUACACGCGCAUGGCUCUGUUGGCCCUCGUCAUGUCCACCUGA